AUGGACUGGAGCUUCUUCAGAACAGCUGCUGUGCUGUUUCUUUUUCUGGUGGUAGUGGAAGUUAACUGUGAAUUCCGAGUCCAGGUGAGAGAUUAUAACACUAAGAAUGGCACGAUCAAGUGGAAUUCAAUCAGAAGGCAGAAGCGUGAGUGGAUCAAGUUCGCGGCAGCCUGUCGGGAAGGGGAAGACAACUCAAAGAGGAACCCAAUCGCCAAAAUUCACUCAGACUGUGCUGCCAACCAGGAAGUUACAUACCGUAUCUCUGGAGUAGGAAUUGAUCAACCACCUUAUGGAAUCUUCAUUGUUAAUCAAAAAACUGGUGAAAUUAAUAUAACAUCCAUAGUUGAUCGGGAGGCCACCCCUGUUUUCAUUAUCUACUGCCGGGCUCUGAAUUCACUGGGCCAAGAUUUAGAGGACCUUUUAGAGCUCAGAGUCAGGGUUUUGGAUAUAAAUGACAACCCUCCAGUGUUUGCAAUGUCUACAUUUCAAGCACAAGUAGAAGAAAAUUCCAAUGCAAAUACACUGGUGACCAGAAUCAAUGCCACUGAUGCAGAUGAACCAAAUAAUUUGAACUCAUUAAUAGCCUUCAAGAUCACCAGCCAGCAACCUUCAGAUUCACCAAUGUUUAUCAUCAACCGAAAAACUGGAGAAAUUCGAACAAUGAAUAAUUUUCUAGACAGAGAGCAAUACAGCCAUUACUCUCUUGUCGUGAGAGGCUCAGAUCGAGACGGCGGGGCAGAUGGCAUAUCAGCAGAGUGUGAAUGCAACAUCAGAAUCCUUGAUGUCAAUGAUAACAUCCCAUACUUGGAACUGUCCAAAGAUACCAUAAGCAUCGAUGAAAAUGCUCUAUAUUCAAACUUGCUUCAAAUUAGAGUAAUUGAUUUGGAUGAAGAGUUCUCAGCUAACUGGAUGGGAGUGAUUUUCUUUAUCUCUGGAAAUGAGGGAAAUUGGUUUGAGAUAGAAAUGAAUGAAAGAACAAACAUGGCAAUUUUAAAGGUUGUUAAGCCCCUAGAUUAUGAAGCUGUGAAAAACCUGCAACUUAGUAUUGGCGUUAGAAAUAAAGCUGAAUUUCACCAAUCAAUUAUGUCUCAAUAUAAACUCACAGCAACUGCAGUCUCUGUGACUGUGAAAAAUGUAAGGGAAGGCCCAGUGUUUCGUCCAGGUUCAAAAACAUAUGUCGUAACUGGCCGUAUGGGAAUAAAUGAUAGAGUGGGAGAAUUCUCAGCUAUUGACCUGGACACGAAUCAGAUUUCAACAACUGCUAGAUAUGUAAUGGGAAGUAAUCCAGGUGAUCUGCUGGCUGUUGACUCAAGAACAGGAGUACUCACUUUGAAAAAUCGACUUACUUGGGAACAAGUUAAAAUGCUUGGAGGAAAAUACCAAGGAAUAAUUCUAUCUAUAGAUGAUGAUCUUCAAAGAACCUGCACUGGUACCAUUAAUAUUGACCUUCAAAACUGGGAUGACCGAGAUAUUAAUGGUGGUAGUACUGACAGUAGUACUGGUGGUGGUACUGGCGGUAGUACUGGCGGUAGUACUGGCGGUAGUACUGGUGGUGGUACAGGUACCUCUAGCACCAAUGACAAUGGAAACGGUGGAGAUGUUAACACAAACACCAAUAACAAUGGGGGAGAGGAUACUACCUCACCAGGCUUAGUUAGCCGGCAACCCACUGUGGAUGAACCUGAUUUGUACCCCAACCGUCAGCGUCUGGACGAUAACGUACAUUUUGGUCCUGCUGGCAUUGGACUGCUCAUCAUGGGAUUCUUAGUCCUAGGAUUGGUCCCGUUUCUGUUGCUCUGCUGUGAUUGUGGAGGGGCGCCUGGUGUUGGGGCCGGCUUUGAGCCUGUCCCUGAAUGUUCAGAUGGAGCCAUGCACCCAUGGGCAGUGGAGGGACCACAGCCUCAACCCACGAAUUUAAGUAUUAUCCCACAAUUUCCCUCAAUAAAUGUAAUUUGACUGACACUUUCAGGAGUUUACACAAAUGAAUACGGUGGCAGAGAAAUGCAAGACCUGGGAGGAGGGGAAAGAACAACAGGAUUUGAAGUAACAGAUGGAGUUAAAAUGCCAGGAAUGCCUGAGAUAUGUCAAGACUAUUCUGGAACAUUAAGAAGAAAUUCUAUGAGGGAAUGUAGAGAAGGAGGUCUGAAUAUGAAUUUCAUGGAAAGUUAUUUCUGUCAGAAAGCAUAUGCUUAUGCUGAUGAAGACGAAGGACGCCCAUCCAAUGACUGUUUGCUCAUAUAUGAUAUUGAAGGUGUAGGCUCCCCCGCUGGCUCCGUGGGUUGUUGUAGCUUCAUUGGAGAAGACUUGGAUGACAGCUUCUUGGAUACACUAGGGCCAAAAUUUAAGAAGUUGGCAGAUAUCAGCCUGGGAAAAGAAAUUGAAGCAUAUCCAGACCCUGAUCCUUCUUGGCCACCUCAGAACAUUGAACCGGUUUGCCUCCCUCAGGACACAGAGCCCAUUGCCAGUGGACACCCACCAUUCUCCCCACAUGUCAGCACAAAAGUAAUUUCUGAGAGUGUCUAUCCCUCAGGACCUGGUGUGCAGCAUCCUAAGCCUAUUCCUGAUCCUCUGGGCUAUGGUAAUGUCACUGUGACCGAGUCUUACACUACCUCUGGCACCCUGAAGCCCGCUGUGCAUGUUCAUGAUAACCGACAUGCAUCCAACGUAGUGGUGACAGAGAGAGUGCUUGGCCCCAUCUCUGGUGCUGAUUUGCAUGGAAUGUUAGAGAUGCCCGACCUGAGAGAUGGGUCCAAUGUUAUAGUGACAGAAAGGGUGAUAGCACCAGGCUCAAGUCUGCCCACCUCUCUGACUAUCCCUAAUCCUACAGAGUCCUCAAAUGUGGUAGUGACAGAAAGAGUCAUCCAACCAGCAUCUGGCAUGAUAGGCAGUCUCAGUAUGCACCCUGAGUUAGCCAAUGCCCACAAUGUGAUUGUGACAGAGAGGGUGGUUUCUGGUGCCGGCGUAACUGGCACAGCUGGGAUAAGUGGAGGUGGUGGCAUAGGUAGCUUUGGUGCUGGUGCUGGGGGCUUGAGUAGCAGCAUGGGGGGCACAGCCACCAUUGGCCACAUGAGGAGCUCCUCUGACCAUCACUUUACCCAGACCCUUGGAGCCGCCUCCCCCAGCACAGCUCGAAGUCGAAUCACAAAGUACAGUACAGUGCAAUACACCAAGUAG